AUGGCGUUGUUUGGGGCAGGAGGCAGCCCCGCGGUGUGCUCCUCGCUGUACAUCCUGGACAGCAACCUCAAGACACUGCUCAUGCGGGACUGGCGCGGCGACACGAACCCUUCCAUGGUCGAGCGCUUCGUCUCCAUCGUGAACAACGCCGAGUCCGAGUCCGAGCUCAAGCCGAUCAUCUACGACGAUGAGAUCCAAACAUCCUUCACGUACAUCCGGCACCGCGACCUGUACUUCCUCGCGCUCACCCGCACGAACGCCAACGCGGUGGCCCUUCUCACGUUCCUCCACAGACUCGUGGACAUCUUCACGCACUACUUCAAGGAGCUCAAGGAGGAGUCCAUCAGGGACAACUUCGUGAUCAUCUACGAGCUGCUGGACGAGGUGAUGGACAACGGGUACCCCCAGUUCACCGAGGCGAAGAUCCUGAGCGAGUUCAUCACCGUCGGCGCGCACGAGCUGCAGGCGCCCAAGGCCCCGAUGGCGGUCACCAACGCGGUGUCGUGGCGAUCGGAGGGUUUGCGCUACCAGAAGAAUGAGGUUUUUCUCGACGUCGUAGAGUCUUGCAACUGCGUGGUCAACGCGAAUGGGCAGAUUGUCAACUCCGAGGUGAACGGCGCGCUGCGGAUGCGCACCCAGCUGAGCGGGAUGCCCGAGUGCAAGCUUGGGCUCAACGAUAAGGUGAUGCUCCAGGCGCAGAACAAGAGCACGCGGGGGAAGAGCGUGGAGCUCGAGGAUAUCAAGUUUCACCAGUGCGUUCGGCUGGCGCGCUUCGAGAGCGACAGGACCAUCUCGUUCAUACCCCCGGACGGCCAGUUCGAUCUGAUGAACUACAGGAUCACCACCCCGGUCAAGCCCCUGAUCUGGGUCGAGGCGAAGGUCACGAGGCCCUCGAGGUCCAGGGUAGAGUACAGCGUCAAGCUCCGGACGCAGUUCAAGUCGAGGCUGAACGCGACGGGCAUCGAGGUUAAACUCCCGGUGCCGGGGGACGCGACCACUCCGGAGGUCAAAGCCGCCCUGGGGAGCGUCACGUACGCCCCGGAGCAGGAGGCGAUGCUGUGGAAGAUCAAGACGGUUCCCGGGGAGAAGGUUGUCGAGAUGAGGGCGAAAUUUUCGUUGCCAAGCGUGAGCGCGCUCGAGGACGACGGGCCGAGGCAGAAGAAGCCGCCGGUGAUGGUCAAGUUCGAGGUGCCGUACUUCACGGUGUCCGGGGUGCAGGUCCGGUUCCUGAAGGUGAUCGAGAAGAGCGGGUAUCAGGCGCUGCCGUGGGUGAGGUACAUCACCAAGGCGGGGACGUACGAGUUCAGGCUGGACCACCAGUCCUCGUAG